UGCAACAGCGAACGGAUCAGCUGAUCUGCAAAUACGGCGCUCUAGUAGCAAAAUCACGGCGCCCACAGGCAUUCGCGGCAUUCAAGCGUGGUUGCGGCGAGGACGCGCGGUGCUGUCGGGCGUAAAAGUUUAAAUUACAUCCAGAGCAGCAAGAACUGAAUAAUCAUGGGGGCUGACAAGAAAACCAAAGACAAAAGAAAGACUGACGUCAAGGACCAACACAAAAAGGCACAGGAACGUGAUACUCAAAGUCAUGCAGGUGAUCACAAGACCAAGUCAGUCAAACAGAAGAAUACUGGUGGAAAAUCGCAAAAAGGUAGCUGGUCAGGACUGGCCAAGCUCAACAUGCUGCUGCUGCUGACGGUGGUCGGCCUGGCCGGCCGCGUGGUCUACAUGCACGCCGAGGGCGACCUGUCAGAAAUGGGCCUGCAGCGUGCACGCGGCCGCGUGUUGGCCAGCUGGGCCUCGCUGGCGGCGCUCUCCCGGCAGCACGGCGGCCCGGCGCUCGAGCAGGCGCUGCAGCAGCUGCAGCACGCGCGCCAGUGGGCGGCCGAGCGCGCCGCUCGUGUCGACCGCUACCUCAUGGAAACCCAGCGGCCGUACUGGGAGCCGGUGAAGGGAGCCGCCAGCCGCGCCGCUGCCAGCGUCGGCCACUACGGCGCGCUGGCCGGCGAGCGGGCGGUGGCGCUGAUCGCGGUAGCGGCCCGCCGCGGCUGGGAGGCGGCCGAAGCGGGCUGGACGGUCGCCGCGCCGCACUGCCGCGCCGCCCUGGCCACCGCGGCACCCUACUGGAACGCCCGCGAGGGCGGGCCCCUGCUGCUGGAGUACGUCACCGCCGCCCAGCGCACCGCCGCCGACGUGUGGGAGGUGGUGCAGCGCGAGGCGCCCAAGUACGCGGCGAAAGUCGGCGACUGGCUGGCGGCCGGCUGGCAGACGUCCUAG